UAGGAUACAGAAGGGAUUUAACCACAGUUCCCACAAUCUCCCGUUCUCUCCCACCACUGCAACAUGAAUCGAUAUCGAAUAGUGGAAGGCUUCAAAGAAAAAAAGAUAUUGAAGUAGCGGACUCACCUUCUCUUUGAUUCCACGAACUACUCUAAACAAGAGAAUUCGAAUUUUAUGAUCAGAAAUCACAGGUUAAUCUGUCGAGAAUGAGCGUGGAGCCCUUCAACAGACUGGUGAAGCUAGCGGCGCGGGCGUUUUACGAUGACAUAACUAUGAAAGGCGAUAACCAGCCGAAGACUGGGAGGAGCGAUAACAGAGGAAUGGCGGUGGUCAUCCUUGAUGCCCUCACAAGACGUCAGUGGGUUAGAGAAGAAGAUCUGGCAAAGGAUUUGAAAUUGCACUCGAAACAACUACGCCGCACUUUACGAUUUUUUGAAGAAGAAAAGCUUGUCACCAGGGAUCACAGGAGAGAGACAGCUAAAGGUGCAAAAAUUUUUAGUGCUGCAGUAGCUGCUACCAGUGAUGGCCAACAAACUGGGAAGGAGGGAGAAGAAAAGCAGAAGAUGCACACACACUCUUAUUGUUGUUUAGAUUAUGCACAGAUAUAUGAUGUUGUGAGGUACAGGUUGCAUCGUAUGAAGAAAAAAUUAAAAGAUGAAUUGGAGGACAGAAACACAGUUCAGGAAUAUAUAUGCCCUGAUUGUGGGAGAAGGUAUAAUGCUUUUGAUGCAAUGCGGCUGGUUUCCCCCAACGAUGAAUAUUUUCAUUGUGAAAAUUGCAAUGCUGAACUUGUUGCUGAGAGUGACAAAUUGGCUGCAGAAGAAAUGGGAGAUGGGGAUGAUAAUGCGAGGAGGAGAAAGCGUGAAAAGUUGAGGGAUAUGCUUCAAAAGAUGGAGGUACAACUAAAGCCAUUGAUGGAUCAACUUGCCAGAGUGAAGGACUUGCCUGUUCCUGAAUUUGGAAGUCUCCAGGCAUGGGAAGCUCGAGCAAAUGCUGCUGGACGUGCAGCUAAUGGUGAUUCUGGUGCUAAUGAUUCAUCUAAAUCAUCUCAAGGACAAGGUUAUGGUGGUACACCAAUGCCAUUUCUUGGUGAAACAAGGGUUGAAGUUGCUUUAUCUGGUGUUGAGGUCAAGGAAGAAGAUAGCAAGCCCGAUGCUGCAUCUACAUCUAUGAAAGUUUUGCCUCCUUGGAUGAUUAAGCAAGGAAUGAACCUUACAAAAGAACAACGUGGGGAGGUGAAGCAGGAACCAAAAGUUGAUCAUAAUUCAACACCUUCAGGAUUGUCUGAUGACAAGAAGUCAAAAGUUAAUGACAAAGAGGAUGAAAAGGACAUACAGGAUGCAUACAUUCAAGCUUAUUAUGCUGCAUUUAUCAAGAGGCAACAGGAGCAAGAAGCUGAAAAGAAGAAACAACAAGAAUUGGAGAAUGCAAGUAAUGCUCCUAAUGACAUAUCUUCUGAUCGUAAGGUUGGAAUGAAAUCAAAACGUCAAGAGGAUGAGAGGGAUGAUGAUGUUGAGUGGGAAGAGGCUCCAACUACAGGCACAAGUGAAACUCAUAAAUUAAAUGACUUGAACGUUCAAGCUGAUGCAUCUGGAGAUGAUGAGGAUGACAUAGACUGGGAGGAAGGUUAACAUGCUAUUGAUUAUUAUUCCAACAAGCUUUGUUAUGGAAGAUGGAUGUGAGGAGGUCUAGUUUUCUACAACUUGCAGUUUUAUGCUCUCAAAAUCUUCUAAUAUAUGCAGCUGUUGUAGCAUUAGAAGCUUUUCAGCCUGCCAUACAUUUGUGAACAGUGAUAUUUUGUCCUUGUUGCACGAGUUGCUUAUUUGUUGCUGAUCUGGGAAGAACUGAAACAGCAAGAUAUUGAUAAUGGACCUCCCAAUUUAUUUAAGAACAGCAAGAAACGAAUCCUGUACGCCACAUGAACAUUGUACCAAGUUUUGCAAGGUCUAUUCUGAAUCUCUGAUGAGUUCAUACAAUUGGGCCUUCCAAGAGAUGUAUAGGCCUCUGAGGAGGCACUUGAUCA